AUGACGGGGAACCGCGCAGAGCGCCUCCCGCAGGUCAUGAGCGCGCUCAUGAACCCCAUCUCGGACAGCCUGUACCCUGAGGAUGAGUCCUCCUCUGCUCUCUUCAGCACCACCGAGGCGGAGUCCCUCUCCACCUACGGUCAUCCCGCACAGAUGAGUGCAGAGGGGAUUGUGGACCUAGAAGUUGGCACUGACAAGGGAUCCUCGGACCUCCAGUACAGCCCCGGGUUCCUCUUGGGGCGCGGUGGGCCUACAGUGACCUACACAGGGAGGUUUGCCUUUGAUGCACCCCCAUCUGGGGGGUCUAGCUGGUGCUCGGACAACAACAUUGUCAGCUUGGUGAGCGCAGGCAUCCUGGGUGUGGCCCCAGCACCCAACGUAGUGGCUACCCCAACGUCUGUGGCCGGAGGCAGCUUGGAGGGAGCACCAUCAGAGCUGGAGCAGGUGUAUGGCACACCCCUACCCGUCUACUGUGGCGACCUCUACCAGGACCAGGUAUGCUUCCCUCAAAGCCCAUCUGCGAACGGCACCACCAGCACCAGUGCCCCGCUACCCUUCCCUGGUGUGGAGUACGAUGCUAGUGUCAAACCAUCUCCAGAUGGCAGCCUGUAUUCGGUGGUCCAGGACUACAGCCUCCUCCAAGGUGAAAUGGGCACUCUGGAGCAGAAACCUUUUCAGGCUGUGAACCCCCCACCCAUCACACCCUUGGAGACCAUUCGCGCCUUUAAGGACAAGCAGGGGGCAACAGGGGGACCACGGCCACCAUUAGUCCUCAAGCCAGUGCGACUGAGGAAGUACCCAAUCUGUCCUGGCAAGACACCGGUUCACGAGCGGCCACACCCGUGCCCAGCUGAGGGCUGCGACCGGCGAUUCUCUCGCUCAGACGAGCUGACACGCCACCUGCGCAUCCACACAGGCCAUAAGCCAUUCCAGUGCCGCGUGUGCCUGCGCCGCUUCAGCCGAAGUGACCACCUGACCACACACGUGCGCACACACACAGGUGAGAGGCCCUUUGCUUGCGACUUCUGUCCACGCCACUUUGCUCGCAGCGAUGAGCGCAAGCGUCACGCCAAGGUACACCUCAAGCAAAGGGACAAAAAGCUGCUCAGCACCGUGGGAGUGGCCGACGCGGUGGGUGCGGCUUGUGAAGUGGUCAGUGGGGGCCAUAGAGAAGGCAGCAGCACGACUGUUGCUAUGAGCAACAGCACUUAA